AUGAAGGACAAAUGGGUCAAAGAUAACAAAGACACUUCGGAAUUUCGACAAAUGUCAGCCUGGUGCAUGAACAAGCUGUACUCAUCGGUUAAGGAAGAGUUACACCCGGUUGUCAGUGCGCAUAACGGCGAUAUCUAUGGUGUGAUCCACGCUAUAGGUGCUGCUUGCGGCGAGAAAUCAAUCAUCAGUCUCUGCGAUAAGCUCAACACCAUAAUCAACUGUACUUACUUACCAGGUUCAUUGUUAGUUCAACAUCUCACUACGUUUCGGAAAUCACUCACUGCUCUUCAAAUGUCGAUCCAAGCCAAUCCCAACUUCAUGACGAUCUCAACUGGUCUUUCAGCGGCUCUCUUAUUACAAAGCUUGCAUCAAGAUGACGGUUUAUCAUCCUUGGUUCAAAGUUUGUACGACAAGAAACCUUUUACUUUUGAAAAAAUCUAA